AUGGCUUUUUGGAUGCACAGGUUGGGCUUGGUGGUCCGGGACUCGGUCCUGGGCAAAGGCGGCCCACCCGCACGCCCGAAGGCGGACCGAAAGAUGGUGGUCUUCGGCCACGACCUGCUCAAGCUGUACUCCGCACAGGAAGGGGACCCAAGCUUUGGUUUGAUUAUGCCGACCGACUCCGCACUCAAGAGCGGCCUCUUUUACAUCAUGGGUCUGCGUGCCAAGGAGUCAAAUCAAGUUGCAAAUGCCACCACUUACGCACAGGAUUUUUUCCUAGAGGCCGAACGCUGCCACGAGGCGGGUUUUGUGCCGACUUCCGUCGCGUUUUCCGACAAAACCAACUCGGCCAAUGGCUGGGGUGCUUCCAUUGACAUGCUGGAGGUCCUGGCGCAAAUUCUCGCUGUGCUCACCCUGGAUCACGUUGGCCAAGCAUGUACUGCCGGCAUUGAUUUUUUCAUGUCGCCCAUCUCUGGGUUGGAGGGUGCCAGAGCGCCCCGUCCGGUGCACGUGCGGUACGAGGUCCAAGCUCUUUUCCUGGAAGGUGUCACAGAGGAUGCUCGCGGAAGUCCAGCAACUGGCCGCCAGCUCGCAUUGGCACCACUUCGUGGCGUGGCCGAGACCGCUGGCAGUGACUCUGUGGUCGUUAAGAGUGGGUAUUUUCAGCUGCGUCAAAAGCCAGGAGUGUACCAGCUGUCUCUUCGCUCCAGUGAGGAGAAGUUGCUGCGACCGAAAGGGCUUGUCCAGCUGGCAGACCUAGCUGGCAGAGGAUCCAUGCUAGAAGCUCGUGUGGGCCUGGGCUCCGGCGAGGAUGCCCGGUCAAGUUUCUUCAAGACCAAUGACACCGCCACUACACAGACAUUCGAGGGUAGAGGUGGAGAUCCAGCGGAGUGCGCUGAGACAAUCCACAUCUUUAGCGUGGCUUCAGGCCUUCGGUAUGAGCGUUUACUGCGAAUUAUGAUGAUGUCAGUCCGCAAACAUACGAAGUGCAAGCUUCGCUUCUGGCUUGUGGAGAACUUCCUGAGCCCGCGCUUUCGCAGAAUUUUGCCCGGUCUGGCAGAACAGGUUGGAUUUGCGGUCAGCCGUGUGACUUACAAGUGGCCGACCUGGUUGCGAGAGCAAACACAAAAGCAGCGAGUGAUUUGGGCUUAUAAGAUCCUCUUCCUUGACGUGUUCUUCCCAGCAGAAGUGAAGCGCAUCCUCUUCAUUGAUGCCGAUCAGAUAGUUCGUGCCAAUGUCGAAGAGCUAUGGAGGAUGGAUAUCAAAGGCCACGUGUAUGGCUUCGUGCCAUUCUGUGGAUCUGGUCCACCGGAAAGCCUCACGAGCCAUAUCUGGGGCUCCUUGACUGGCAAGGCAGCAAAGCAGGAGGACCUCAAGAAUCCUGACACUGUCGGUUUCCGGUUCUGGGAGCAAGGCUUCUGGAAGAAUCAUCUAGCAAGCCGGCACUACUAUCACAUCUCUGCCCUUUUCGUGGUGGAUUUGGAGGUGUUCCGCCAAACCGGGGCAGGGGACACCCUGCGAGAUGUCUACCAGUCUUUGACGGCUGACCCACACAGCCUAGCGAAUUUGGACCAGGACCUGCCGAACUACAUACAAAAGAACUUGCCCAUCUACAGCUUGCCGCAAGAAUGGCUUUGGUGCGAAAGUUGGUGCAGCAAGAGUUCCAAAGUGAACGCAAAAACCAUCGACAUGUGCCAGCAUCCUUCCAAAAAAGAAGGCAAGCUGCAGCAAGCGCGACGAAUAGCGCCUGAAUGGACGCAAUACGAUGACGAGCUACAAGCCAUCCUGGACAAGUUAGACCAAUGA